AUGUUUUCUCGACUGCAGAAUCUCUUUAUAUCUUUGGUUCCUGGCGUCAAGAACAAAUCUACUACGCAUACCACUACCACGGUACAAGUAGAUCCUGAUAACAACAAUUCCCCUCGGACUAUGGCAUCAGCCCUUCCUGUCCACGUUCGAAAACCAAGCCAGUCUUUAGAAAUUGUUACUACUGCUGCUACUAAUGGUGACAGCAAAAGAGGAGUUAUAUGUACGCGAACAAGGCUGUAUGAAAGCAUAAAGUCUGUAGCUGAAAUUUUUUUGCGUGAGCUGAUAUCCAACGCCUCCGAUGCACUGGACAAGGUGCGCUACCAGUCAUUGACGGAUCCGACUGUAUUGGACGCAGAAAAAGAGCUGUACAUUCGAAUCACCCCGGACAAAGAACACAACGUGCUGACGAUCCGCGACACGGGCGUGGGCAUGACCAAGGCCGAUCUGGUCAACAACCUGGGUACGAUCGCCAAGUCUGGCACGAAAGCGUUUAUGGAAGCCUUGUCUGCCGGCGCGGAUAUUUCCAUGAUUGGUCAGUUCGGUGUAGGUUUCUAUUCUGCCUACCUAGUUGCCGACAAGGUGCAAGUCAUCACCAAGCACAACGAUGACGAGCAGUAUAUCUGGGAAUCUGCUGCAGGCGGCCAUUUCACCAUCACCUUGGACGAAUCCAAUGAGCGACUGGGCCGUGGCACAGAGCUCCGUCUGUACUUGAAGGAAGAUCAACUGGAAUACAUGGAGGAGCGACGUAUCAAGGAUAUUGUUAAGAAGCACUCAGAGUUCAUCUCGUAUCCCAUCCAGUUGGUCACUGAAAAGGAAGUCGAGAAGGAGGUUCCCGACGAAGAAGCCGAGCAAGAAGAAGCACAGCAAGACAAGCCCAAGAUUGAAGAAGUCGAGGACGAGGAGGAUACUAAGAAGGAGAAAAAGACAAAGAAAGUCAAGGAAAAGGUGAUCGAUCAAGAGGAAUUGAACAAAACCAAGCCUCUGUGGACACGUAAUCCAGAGGAUGUCAAGCCUGAAGAAUACGCGCAGUUCUAUAAGGCCUUGACAAACGACUGGGAGGACCAACUGGCAGUCAAGCAUUUCUCAGUCGAGGGUCAGCUUGAAUUCCGUGCCAUCCUGUUUGUCCCCAAGCGUGCGCCAUUCGAUCUCUUUGAAGGAAAGAAGAAGCGCAACAAUAUCAAGCUCUAUGUACGCCGUGUGUUUAUUACCGACGACUGUGAAGAGUUGAUUCCGGAAUGGCUCAGCUUUGUCAAGGGCGUCGUUGAUUCGGAGGACUUGCCUUUGAACAUUUCUCGUGAAAUGCUUCAGCAAAACAAGAUUCUCAAGGUAAUCCGCAAGAACCUUGUCAAGAAAUGCUUGGAAAUGUUCAACGAGAUUGCCGAGGACAAGGAGAACUUUAACAAGUUCUAUGAAGCAUUUUCCAAAAACCUCAAGCUGGGCAUCCACGAGGACAACCAGAACCGCACCAAACUGGCCGAAUUGUUGCGUUACUAUUCUACAAAGUCUGGCGACGAAAUGACUUCAUUCAAGGAUUAUGUUACUCGCAUGCCCGAGAAGCAAAAGAACAUUUAUUACAUCACGGGCGAAUCACGUGCAGCAGUCGAAAACUCGCCGUUCCUUGAAGGCUUCAAAAAACGCGGGUUUGAAGUUCUUCUGAUGACCGACCCUAUUGACGAGUACUCGAUCUCGCAACUGCGCGAGUAUGACGACAAGAAGCUUGUGUGCAUCACCAAGGAAGGUGUGGAGCUGGAAGAGGAUGAAGAAGAAAAGAAACGCUUGGAGGAGGAAAAAAAGCAGUACGAGCCACUCUGCCAGACCAUCAAGGAAUCUUUGGGCGACAAGAUCGAGAAGGUCAUUAUCUCGGAUAUUUUGACAAGCUCUCCAUGUGUCUUGACUACUGGCCAGUUUGGUUGGUCAGCCAACAUGGAACGAAUCAUGAAGGCCCAGGCCUUGCGCGAUUCGACCAUGUCGUCGUACAUGGCGUCGAAAAAGACCUUGGAACUCAACCCUAACCAUGGUAUUGUCAAGGCAUUGAAGGAAAAGGUCGAUGCUGAUUCAAGUGACCGAACGGUCAAGGACUUGACCCAGCUUUUGUACGAGACUGCAUUGUUGACGUCUGGUUUCACUUUGGACAACCCGUCCGAUUACGCAAGCCGUAUCUACCGCAUGGUCGCCCUUGGUCUCAGCAUCGAUGAUACAGACGAUGUCUCCAUGGACGAUCAGUCAGCAUCUCAAGAUCAAUCUGCUCCUGUUGAGGAUGCUGGUGCUUCCAAGAUGGAAGAGGUGGAUUAA